UGAGCAGUCCAAAGAGAAACGGAUGAGCAGUCCUUUGCACCGUUUGUCCUACGACGAACACCUGACUCCGUUUGCCGCAGUGAAACGUUUCCCCCGUUCUUCACCUUCUCCCCGCGUGACGACGCUGCUGUUGACUUGCGGACCUCGGGUUUUAGAUCUUUAAAAGGUUCCGCGGACUCUGUUUCCCUUCACACCAAGAAAGCUAGGAAUUGGCUCUGCAAAAUGACGAUGAAGAUCGAGGGGUUGUUCUCUGCCAUCGGCCUCCUUCUCCUCCUCCUCCUCCUGUCUCGGAGCCAUUUAGCUACAUCCCAAGAAGUUGAGGACGAGAGCGAGUUCAGCUACGAGGAAGGGAGUCCUAAUGGCCCCCAACGCUGGGGAGAGAUUCGCGAGGAAUGGGCGAUCUGCAACAACGGCGACAUGCAGUCUCCUAUCGAUCUGCUGCAUGAGAGGGUCAAGGUUUUGCCCGGGUUAGGGAGACUAAGAAGGAGCUACAGGGCUGCCAAUGCGACGCUCAAGAACCGCGGCCAUGACAUAAUGUUGGAAUGGCCGGAAGAAGCAGGAAGGAUUCACAUCGAUGGAACGGACUAUGAGCUCAAACAAUGCCACUGGCACUCUCCCUCUGAGCACAGUAUCAAUGGCAAGAGGUUUGCUCUCGAGCUCCACAUGGUACACCAAUCGGCCGACGAACGCGUAGCUGUAGUUGGCAUCAUGUACAAGAUUGGCCGACCGGAUUCAUUUCUAACAGAGCUGAUGGAGUACAUCGAAGAGAUAGCUGGGAACAAAGAAGAAGAGAGAGUUGUGGGGUUUGUGGACCCAAGAUACAUAAAGAUAGGAAGUAGGAAGUACUACAGAUACAUGGGCUCUCUUACUACACCACCUUGUAAGCAAGGAGUGGUGUGGACCAUCAGUGAAAAGAUCAGAACCGUAUCAAAAGAUCAAGUGAGUUUGCUGAGAGAGGCUGUGCAUGAUGAUGCAGAGAACAAUGCCAGGCCGCUUCAACCACUUAACGGACGCGAGAUCCAAUUCUACACACCUCGGCUUCGUAAAAACGAUGAGAUCUUCCACCCAUAAAUUUGCAGCUGAUGAUAUAUUUCCCGAUAGAAUCGCAGCUAUAGUACAGAGUUAUAUUGCUUCACGUCUGUCUUAUUUGGAGGCACUGUAUGGGUUGGGUGGGUUUUCAGCGUAUUAUGUAUGUAUUUAUGAGGUAGGUUAUCACUAUGAGAUUUCCCGGUGAGCCAUGAAUAUUUUGAGUGUAGGUUAUGGUUGGAGACUUUAUGCUUAUUUCCUUUUACUCAUUAUAUGGAACACACUUAUAUUACAAGGUUAAUGGUUGUAAA